AGAAACUGUUGAGGCGGGACAAUGUAAGUGGACCUGGGUCGAAGAAUUACGUGUUUGACCCUGAGCCGGGAGACAGGCAGCGACAAUCACAUGACUGGCUCAUCAAGCUCCAUCAACAUUGCGCCAUCCUUGAAUUCGGUCCCCUCCUCCAUUUUCCUUCCCAGCUCAUCCCUCACGACACACCUGACUACAAGUUUGGCAUUCGAGCCACCGAUCUCCAUCGAUCCUGCCCUACUAUUGAACAAAGCGCCAUCUGGGAAGCUUUUGGUAGAUGUCGAAGAUUGUGUCGCAUCGGACUCCGAAGAUGAGAGCAACAUGGUUGUCCACAACGUCCCGGAGAGACACCAGAAUUCCGACCUCCAAUACUCGGAGGAUGAAGUGGAUCCCGAACUCGGAAAAGAACACGUGCAUCCGAAUGGCGAAAAGGACAUCCCGACUAAACGCAAGACCAGGUCAGCCGCGUCUUCUCUGACGCCUGAGAGAUCCGAGAAGAAACCUGCUCGCGCGCCAACAUCUUAUGUCGCCAAGCUAGAGGCGGAGGCAUUCAAGGAAAGCAUAUGUGAUCGGGUGAAGCGGGGUCGAAGAAGUCGACCUAGGCGAGACUGCAGCGAGGAGACCUAUUGCCCCUCCGAGCAGGAAGCACAAAUCAGGCAUCCGCGGGGAGCCACUUGGAUCAGGAAACGAGGGAAGAGUUCCGCUUAUCUCGGUGAUGACAAGGGCACCCGCCGAAGUGCUCAAAAUAAGGUAGCGCAAAAGCGCUAUCGCGACAAACGGCGUUCACUGGCUCAGUAUAAUCUCGAAGCGAUCGUCCGCAUACGCACCUGCGUAUCGCAAGAUUUCCCUCACCGCACCAAGCCUCAAAUUAUGGAGAUUCUAAGGGAAGAGAUAAGGCAAUGGUUUGAAGGAGUAAGGGACUUGGAUCCCAGAGUCGCAGAGUCGCUUGAUAUGGAGAUGUGACAAUGGAGCAUACGGAGGGUUGCGCGGGUUCCAGAGUACCCGUGGACGCGUGAGAUGUGAGACCAACAGGCGGAGAGCGUCCGUCGAAAGAUACUAUCUAUGCAUUCCAGAUUUAUCUGGUCAUGGCUGCCUCGAUCGUCGAUCGUCGAUACUCUAUCUGUAGUCG